GCUUGUGCUUGCGCAUGCCCCUGAUUGAAAUGAGCCCAAUGAUUAGAAGCGGCGAGGGAUUUGGUGCAGGCAAUCUAAUUGGAAAACAAAGCUUGGCUCCUGUACAAGAGCUAUGGGACGUGUGGCAGAUCCAUGGCCUGAUCCUCAUCAGCCUGGCACUGCAAGUCUUCCUCUUCCUCACAGCGAGCAUGCGGAGGCGCAGCUCCUCGAGCAUACUGCGCACCCUCCUGUGGCUGGCGUACCUGUCGGCCGACUCCGUGGCCAUUUUCGUGCUCGGCCACCUCGCGGUCCAUGCGAGCAGGCCCCACCAUCAGCUCAUUUCGUUCUGGGCGCCCUUCGUGCUCGUCCACCUGGGCGGACAGGACACCAUUACGGCGUUCUCCAAGCAGGACAACGAGCUAUGGGCGCGCAACCUGCUAAGCUUGGUUACCCAAGUUGGGCUCGCCGGGUAUGUCGUGGCCAAGGUGUCUUGGCCGGACCGCCGCCUCAGGAAUGCCAUGGUACUCAUCUUCCUCUCUGGGUGCUUCAAGUAUACUGAGCGUAUCUUGUGCCUUUACCUUGCUAGCCCGCCGGUGCUCAGGUCCAAGUCCCUUGGUAAUUUGUCGCGCAUGCUAAAUAAUUUGCAUAGACAUGCGCAAGACAAAGAUGGUGUUACUGUAUCCAUAGACAACGCCCAGGAAGACGUGACUGCCACAUUUCAAUUCAUGUUGGAAGGUUGGAGCGGGUGGUACAGAUUGAGUUCCCAAUGCCCAUGUGUUGAACCUAAUUUUGAGGAUGAGACUAAUAGAAUUGCAAGUAUUAUAAAUGACAUAAUGUCAGCGGAUACAGCCCUCAAUAAGGAGGAAAGUAUUUUACUUGCGGACUAUAUAUCGGACAAGCUGAACAGGAUCUUUCUAUCUAAUGCAGGGCGCUGCAGAGCCUAUGAGUUUGUGGGAGCAUGUUUGGUAGAUUGCUACCACAGCCUCUACACCAAAAAGCCACUUCGGAAACCUCUCUGCCACCUUCUUUGUCAACUGUGGCUUUGUUGUUGUGGUUUUCGUUCUGUUACAGCAGCAUGUCUAAACACCUUACUGCUGCCAUACACCUUCUUCCGGUGGGUUUCAACCCCAAUGGCCCUGCUGCUCUUCAGAGCCGCCGAAAAGGGGGGGCAACUGCACACAAGUAGCCCAGCUGAUGUCACCGUGUCCUACAUAUUGCUAGUUGGAGCAUUAGCCCUAGAUGUGUGCGCUGCCACCAUCUCCCUUUAUGGCGAAAUGACCCACAGUCACAGAUGGUCCGAAGAGCUGGCACAGUACAGCAUGAUCAAGAGGCACACCGCGCAAGAUACUUCAGGCAUGGCGUCCAUACGCCACUGGAUCGGCAGGCGCUUGGGUGGAUGGGGUGUUGGGUUACUUGAGUUAACACAGACGCCCGUCACACAGGAUCACACACCCAUCAAGGAGUUCAUCCUUGACAAUUUGUUGCGCUUGGGAGCAAGAAAAGAGUGGAACAUUGCCACCUCCCGUGGCAAGCUGGCUCUUCAAAAGUGGAUGGAAACACAAGAAUUAGGUUCAGAUUCUGGAUGGCCAGGAAAAGAAGUGCUGGACCAUGGCCUCAGUGCUAAUUUCCCAACAAGCGUGCUCAUCUGGCACAUUGCAACGGACAUGUGUUACUACUUUGGAGAUAACGACGACAGCACUGAUUCUGAUCAAAUGAAGAAGCACAAGCAGAUGAGCAGAGAACUAUCAAACUAUAUAAUGUACCUUGUCUUCAAGUGUGGUAUCAUGCUUACUAGCCAGUCACAGCUUGUACAUGACAAAGCUCAUAGUGAAAUCAACGGGAUUUUGUCAGAUCAGCAGCAUAGACAAGGUGAAAAGGAUGCAAUCAGGAAGCUGUUUGAAGCCAAGAAUGAGGAGCCGUCAGGCAUCCAUAUUGUUGAUGCCACUGAUACUGAUGGCAGUCAGCAGCUCCUGCGGAGCAUUGAGGAAGCUCUUUAUUCUCCCGUGCUGCCACGUGCACGUGAAGUGGCCCAGGUGCUCAUUGGUAUCGAGAAUGAAACUGAGCGCUGGGGCCUCAUCGCCUCGGUGUGGUCAGAGAUGCUUUACUACAUCGCGCCUCGCUGCGGGGGUGCUUUCCACCACGAGCAUCUAAGCAACGGGGGACAGUUCAUCACCCAUGUUCUCCUUCUAAUGUACCAUCUAGGCCCUUUCCUACCAACGCCUGAUAGUUGAGCCCCAUGCGCUGUGUCAUUGUGCAGCGUGCAAGGCGAUCAUCUUCCUACUGUUGUAUCUGUCAGAAAAUAUAAGUGUCCAUGUACCGUUGGA